CAGGCGCGGGAGCCGGAGGCAGCGCCCAGCGCCGCCGCUCGCCAGAGCCUCGGCGGCCGCCGGACGGGGCGGACUGUGCGGGGCGGUGACUGCCGGCUGCCGGCAGGAGAGGAGGGGGGGCGGCGGCCGUGGAGGAGAGGAGGGCGCUAUGGCCGACGUGUUCCCGGGCUCCGAGCCCGGCGCGGCCCCGGACGCGGCGCGGCGCUUCGCUCGCAAGGGAGCCCUGAGGCAGAAGAACGUGCACGAGGUGAAGGAGCACAAAUUCAUCGCGCGCUUCUUCAAGCAGCCCACGUUCUGCAGCCACUGCACGGACUUCAUAUGGGGAUUUGGGAAGCAAGGAUUUCAGUGCCAAGUUUGCUGCUUUGUGGUUCAUAAGAGAUGCCAUGAGUUUGUUACCUUUUCCUGUCCUGGGGCUGACAAGGGACCUGAUACUGAUGAUCCCAGAAGCAAGCACAAAUUUAAGAUCCACACCUAUGGGAGCCCGACCUUCUGUGACCAUUGUGGGUCACUGCUUUAUGGGCUUCUGCACCAAGGGAUGAAAUGUGACACCUGUGAUAUGAACGUUCAUAAGCAAUGUGUAAUAAACGUCCCAAGCCUCUGUGGCAUGGAUCACACAGAGAAACGAGGAAGGAUUUAUCUGAAAGCUGAAGUCAAUGGUGACAAACUGGAAGUAACAGUGCGAGAAGCAAAAAACCUAAUUCCCAUGGAUCCAAAUGGACUUUCAGAUCCUUACGUUAAACUGAAGCUCAUCCCAGAUCCUAAGAAUGAAAGCAAACAAAAAACAAAAACCAUCCGUUCUACUCUGAAUCCAGACUGGAAUGAAUCAUUCACAUUUAAAUUAAAACCUACAGACAAAGAUCGACGGUUAUCAGUAGAGGUCUGGGACUGGGAUCGAACAACCAGAAACGAUUUCAUGGGAUCCCUUUCGUUUGGAGUGUCAGAGCUUAUGAAAAUGCCCGCCAGUGGAUGGUACAAGCUGCUGAAUCAAGAGGAAGGUGAAUAUUACAAUGUUCCAAUUCCAGAUGCUGAUGAAGAUGGAAACGCAGAGCUCAGGCAGAAGUUUGAGGACUGUCAUGUAAAUAUCCACUUCUUCAAGAAAGCCAAACUUGGGCCAGCUGGUAACAAAGUCAUUACUCCAACAGAAGACAGGAUCUCAAGUGUGCCAUCCAACAAUCUGGACAGGGUGAAGCUGACAGACUUCAACUUUCUCAUGGUUCUUGGAAAGGGGAGCUUCGGGAAGGUGAUGCUGGCAGACAGGAAGGGGACAGAGGAGCUCUAUGCAAUCAAAAUACUGAAAAAAGAUGUGGUGAUUCAGGAUGAUGAUGUUGAAUGUACAAUGGUUGAAAAGCGAGUCCUGGCGUUGCAAGACAAACCACCGUUCCUGACACAGCUUCACUCUUGUUUCCAAACAGUUGACCGUCUCUAUUUUGUUAUGGAGUAUGUGAAUGGAGGUGAUCUCAUGUAUCACAUUCAGCAAGUAGGAAAAUUUAAGGAGCCACAAGCAGUGUUCUAUGCAGCUGAGAUCUCAAUCGGGUUAUUCUUUCUCCAUAACAGAGGGAUUAUUUAUAGAGAUCUGAAAUUAGAUAAUGUGAUGUUGGAUUCAGAAGGACACAUUAAAAUUGCUGAUUUUGGAAUGUGCAAAGAACAUAUGUUAGAUGGAGUAACAACCAGGACCUUCUGUGGCACUCCAGACUACAUUGCACCAGAGAUUAUUGCUUACCAGCCCUAUGGGAAGUCUGUGGAUUGGUGGGCAUAUGGAGUGCUGCUCUAUGAGAUGUUGGCUGGUCAGCCUCCAUUUGAUGGAGAAGAUGAGGAUGAGCUUUUCCAGUCCAUAAUGGAGCAUAAUGUUUCCUAUCCAAAGUCACUGUCCAAAGAAGCUGUCUCCAUCUGCAAGGGGCUAAUGACUAAACACCCUGCAAAACGCCUUGGCUGUGGCCUCGAAGGUGAAAGAGACAUCAGGGAACAUGCUUUCUUCAGAAGAAUCGACUGGGAAAAACUGGAAAACAGAGAGAUUCAGCCACCUUUCAAACCUAAAGUGUGUGGCAAAGGUGCCGAAAACUUCGACAAGUUCUUCACCCGAGGACAGCCGGUGUUAACGCCUCCGGAUCAGCUGGUCAUUGCUAACAUAGACCAAACAGAUUUUGAAGGGUUCUCUUACGUCAACCCCCAGUUCAUACACCCCCUUUUACAAAAUGUAGCAUGAAGCAGCAGAACGGGAACAAAUCCUGCAGCAGGGAAUGAUCUUUAACCCUACAAUGUUUAGGCUUUUGCCUUGUUUGAUUCCAUUUGGGCCUGGAAAUUGUAGGGUUAGAAAGUGUAAGAUGGGGGGGAAAGGCCACUAAUUCAGGAUUUUGGCUUUGCAACAGCGGUGUUGUCUUAAUGGGAGAUAAAUCAGUGUAUGGUGCCCACUUACCCUUCUAGAAGGCGCCACUGACUUGGCAAAACUUACCCAGUUUUUAGUACGUUUGAUCUUUUUGUAACUUCCCGCUGUCCUUUUGCUCCCUUUUCCACUCUGCUGUGUUAGAAUUCCUCUAACAUGUGGUCUGAAAGAAUAAAACCACCUCGAAUAUUGAGUCCUUCUGUACAGAUGCUGGGAGACAAACGCACUGAUUCCCGAGGGACCGCUCCUUCCGGUGACUUCAGGGAGAUGGGCAGCACAAGAGGCUGGAAUGGAGGCAUCACUGAGAGGGAGAGGCAUUGCAAAGGAAAUGUUGAAAGCACUUGUUAUGAAAAUAGGACAAAAACAAGUUGGGAGAGGGUGGGAGGGGGGGAUAAAAUCCAAUUAGACCUUUGUGGCUAUGAUCCUAUAAGCAACUCCAAGUUUAAACGCACUUCAGUGGUGGCCAGAUCACUAGGAUCUUUGCUAAGUAGCAUGUGAUAAACUCAAGGGUGAAUUUUUGUCUUUAAUAAUAAUAAUAAUAGUAAUAAUUUUAAUAAUAUUUCUGUGAAUUUUAAUCUCCAUGAGAUUAUUCUGUGAUCCAGGGUGCCAUUGUUUGUUCGGUUAAUUUAAUUUACUCCUCAAGUUUACUGCUAACCGGUUCUAAUACCAGUAUUUUACUAUGGGAUUUGUUUAACCUGGAAUGUAAAAGAAAACUUGUUUUAUUUACUUAUUUACUUGUGUUUAUUUAUAGUCUGCAGUAUAGGGCAGUAAAUGGAAGGAAGCGUUACAUAUCCUAAAUUCACAACACAUACAGCCCCAAGUGACUUCCUGAUUUCUUCAGAAUAACUCAUGAAAAUUAAGUGUGAUAUAAAAAUAAUCAGUUUUAAUUCAGGAAACUUUGGGCUGUCGAAUAAUAAAGCCUGAAAAAAGAAGCACCUAGAACCUGUUUUAUUGAUAGAAUGGGAUUUAAUACAUUUUACAUAGGCUUCAUGCAAUGAAUUUUGCAUGUUUAGUAAUAACUCUUAAUAAUAAGGGUUAAUAAUAAGCAGAUCUAUAAUAUCGACAUAAUCAUAUCCAGCAUAAAGAGUAUUAUAAAGAUUUUAUAAAACAAAUUGUGCUUUAUUUGUGAACCUUCUUGUUCUGAAUGACAUCCUUUAGACUUAGCUAAAUGUUUUACUGCUGUUGUUUUGAUUUUUACUUUAGGGUUUGGAUAUUCUAAUGGCUUAGGGAAUAAUCUCUUUUUUUAAAAGUAGAAAUACUUUUAAACUAUAAUGGCUACCUGCAGGUUUUAUACAAGGUUCAAUUAGGCUUUCAUUUUACGUCUGCUUAUCACUUACAGGGAAGGAAAUGGACUUUAUUUGCAAUGAUGAACACUGUAAUUAAUGCAAUCUUCUCCUCUCCUAUCACUUAGAUGAAACAUUUUGAUAGAUCUUCUUACAACUCACCAGAAGAUAUUAAUUCAAAUAUCAGUGAAUUCUUUUUGUGCAUAUUUGGGUUUUGUUACAGCAUGUAAAAUAGUAGUUGGUGCAUUUUCCUUCUUUUUUUCUCCCUUCUGCCUUGUUCCUGUUAGCAGCCAUAGGCACUUUUUGUCUGUCAGAUGUGCAUGACGAUGCCAGAAGCAUGAUGUCUCUGUUGCUGCAUGCAGACUGAUUACAGUUUUUCCAGCAUGUAAACAUAUUCCAAAAGUAAGGUAUUUGCCAUAAAAGACUUAAAUUUAUACUAGAACAUGUAACGGGGGGGGUGGGAGGGGAAUCUACUUUCUAAUCAUCUUUUAUGACAAUAAAACAUGGAACCUGUGCCAAAGAUUCUGUUAGAGCUAUCCAGUCCUGCACAUUGGUAUCCAAGUGGAUGGGUUUGACUAACGGGGGUGACCCCUGGUGGAGUGGGACAGUUUGUGUGCGAAACACAACUGGAUUUGAAUGGUCACUGAUGUGUUUCUGCUCCUGGGGCAUGCUCGGAAGCUGUAUUCUUGGUGCCUAGGAGAAAUGAUUCACAACACUCCAAGAGUCUCACUUCUUCCUGGUGAUAGUCCUUUUGCAGACCCAGCUUGAAGCAAGGAGCAUCUCCCUGGGUAAGAGUGAACAGCAGGCUUUAAUGGGUGAACCGAACCAUUCCAAGGGGUGGGAGAACACACAGCUAAUGAGGGGCAUUGACCAACUAGCAAGAACUCGGGUUGUUGCCUAAAUAAACAGAACUUACCAUUUUUAAAACAUUUUAGGAGUCAAAUUUUUAAGUCUUUCUGUGUCAAAUAAGUUAUCAGCCAGGUCUGGGAGUUCAUUAUCCUCUUUGUGUGUUAUAUAUGGUACUCACCAUAAAGCACGUGGACUAAUGCUGCGUUCAUGACUAUUUAUGUUUUUCUGAAUACUAUUAGUCUGCCAUAGCUUAGAAGAUGCAGAAGCAUCACACUGUAGAAGAUAAUAGAUGCAACAGAUUACUGAGGCUCAGAUGUGAAUAAAGAAGGGGCUCUCGAGUAACUCAAUCUGCUGAGAGGCAGCAUUAGGUGUGUUUUAAGAAUGUGAAGUGAAAAAGACACUUAAGAAAAAGGAAAAUACUGGGAGAAAUAGCAGCACACAGGUUUGGGAAGGAGGAAAAGCAUUGUAGGGGCAGAACUGAACUGUGCCAGGAGCAAGCAGGAUAUUGCAUGGGUAGACAUGCCCAAACAGUUCUGGUUUUCCUGGUGAAAUAUGCAUUGGACAGGGAAGCCCCAUUGCAGGCAGAUGUUUCUGGCACAGCUGUGAUGGUCGGUGAUGGUCUCACCAGAACAUGGCAUUAAAGAUGUGGUCCAGCAUCUGAACAGAGCUGCUCAUUUUUUGGCUGCUUCUCAAAACCACUUUCUUGGGCAUUUGUUCACCAGUUUUCCUGAUGUAGAAGCAGAAAUUCCUCUUUAUUAUUGUUACUUCAAGUCCCUGCGCUUGCUAUGGCUCAUGUCACCUUCUGUAGGUUUCUGAAAGGUUGUGAAAGGUACUGUGAACUCAGGGCUCCCACAGGAACAAGACAGGGUUGUGUUAAGCAGGGAUUGAGUAUUUGUGCUCCUUCUCACUGCUCUGCCUAAUGCCCUCGUAUGUGAGUGUUCAUGCUUGGAAUCUUUAAUGAGAACUCUAUGUGGCUUUCUUACCAUCCAGGAAUUUAUAAUGGCAAGUAGAACUGAAGUAUCCAGCCAGUCUUUUCAUAUCUUUUUAAAUACAGAUCUUAUUUAUAUGCUGUUUUUCAUUAGAUUUGGAUUUCUAGAGAACAGGCAUCAACAGGGGGAUAGGCAUUGGAACUGCUUUUCUUUCACUUGUUUUCAAUAGCAACCAUAGUCUGAAAACACACGUUGCAAGUCAAAUUGAGAAUUACAGUACACUCAAGCUGGGGUGGAAGUUCUGGGAGCUGUGUUUCCAUCCCACAUGCACUUGAAUCCCAAGGGGCUCUGGAGCAGCCCCGUUCCUGUUGGGGGGAAGCACAGGUAUGCAGUGUAAACUUCCAAGCUGUGUUCUCAGGGAUUAAAUAGAAUUUAACUGUCUCCUAGGUAAAUUUCUUCAUUAUUCAAGCAUCUGGGUGUUCUUAUGCACCUUUGAGUCAGCUGAGCAGGGUGGUGGGUUUCCAGCACAGCCACUUCACCACCAGCCAGUCUCGGAUUGCACAUAGAUGAGGAGGAGAGAGCACGUUCCCAUAACAAAAUACUCCCCCUUAAUCCAGUUUAGAGGAGAAAUGCAAUUUAGCUUUCUGAUCCUUUAUUCUUUCCAGAAAUACAGUUGGAUUUCCUUUUACACAGUGAAGAAAGUUCUUCUGGAAAUCAGCUGUUUAGAAAGAAAGAAACUCGUGUUACACUGUUGGCCUUUACAAUCCAUUCUGUCUUUUGGGGUGAAUUUGAUUGAAUAAUGCUGUAAAAUUAGUAAGGUAAAGAGAGAGGAGCUUGCCUUCUAGAUGGGAGGGUGACAUGCUCAGGGGCCAGGAUGGAGUGAUACAACUUCAAAGCCUCUUUCUCAGCCAGUCCAUCCAGAUGCAGUCCCAGUUAGAUGCCACAGGAGACACAUGCAUUUAGCAGAGGGGGAAGACCCUCCUUACUAAGCAAAACACAUCACUGGAAAUAAUAGUAAUUCAAUAGUAAAGCUUUGAUAUGAGUAGAAACAUAUUGACAGUAUUGAGUUUACAGUGAGCUUUUGGGCCUGCCAUGUAACUUCUGGAAACAUCUAAUGUGAUUUUCAGUUCUCUUGGUCAGUACCAUGAACUACUGUACAUAGGUUUUAUCUUUUCACAAACAUGGGUGUCAGCUCUAGGCGAUGGUACCCCUGUGCACUAAAUGGCCAAGUAGAAAAGCAGACAAGCUAAAGCACCUUUUUACUCAGCUCCAUACUUUUAAAUGGGAUCUGAAAUAGUUCAGUUAAAGAACUAAAGACCUGACUCCAUAAGUAUAUGUGAUUUCCUCUCAGCCAGUAACUGUGCCAGUAAUGACUGGUAAUUAAAUAGCCUUAUAAUGAAUAAUCAUCAUGCACUACAGCCCUCCUGUUCCUAAGAAAACUAAGAGAGAGAGCAAGUUAUUAACCUCUCUGCCUCAGUUACCUCAUCUGUAAAAUGGGGAUAAUAAUACUUACAUAUCUCACAAGGAGGUGUGAGGACUUCAUAGGUAAUGUUUCUAAUACACUUUUAACCUGAAAAGAGUUGUGUAAGUAUUAUUAUAAUUUUUAAUAUUAAAUCAGCUUAUUCCCGUGGUAUUGCUGGAUAUAUCAUGCUAUUUCUACUUUUUAUAGAACUUUAGUAAUUCAGCUGAAAACAUGUGAAGAGAAAUAAAAGGCAAUCUGAUGCCUUUCUUAA